AUGCUCCCGCAACAAUCUCCAAGGCAGGCUGCUUUGAAUGCGAAAAGGAUGGAGGAAAAGAGGAGCCAGCACAAAAAGAGAUCCAUUGCAAGACGAGACACUCCGCAGAUUCAAGUGAAUCUAAAGCUAUUUUCGCCGACCAAGGCUGAGCGAUGGGACCCCAGAAACGCAUCGUCGGGGCCUUGCCCAAAUUACACGCUGAUUAUGGCGGAUCAAAACGAUAUAGAUGAGGCCAUACGUGAAGACCAUCCCCCCGAUUCGGAUGGAGUAUAUCCUGACUGGGAGACAUAUGUUGACUCUUAUUCAGCGUUCGAGUGGCUGGAGGGUAUUGAAGGCUGGGUGACGUUCCAACAGAAUAGCCGCUCCAGCUCGACGAAGAUCGGGUUCUGCAGGGCGCAGCUGAUUAGGAGGGAGUGGAUUGCGGACACUUUCUGGGACGACAUGGAGGGACCGGAGCACGAGAUGGCAGAGCUCGCAUUCGACCUCUUCGACCACUUCGGGUGUUUGAAAUCCAAUUACAAGGAUCACAUAGUCAAUCGGGGUUCAGGGGUUUGGAACGAUGAGCUUAACAAAGGUGAUAUACUCCUGAUUGAAGAGAUUGAGAUUUCGCCGGGAUAUCGGCGGCAGGGAAUAGGUUCUAUGCUGGCUCGUGCAAUACUCAACUUAGCUUCAAGGAAAAGCAAAGCCUUCUUUGGGAUAACGUGGCCCGGGAUUUUUGAACGUGUAGCGAGACGUAACGCAUCGCAGACAAGGAGCCAGCUAGAGAGUGCUGCCGUCAGCUUCUGGAGAUCGCUGGGCUUCCGAAGAAUUGGCUCAUCUCGCUGGCUUGGUUAUUCGCCGGAUCAAGAUCACCCGAGUCGUUCUCUCGCGCCCGAGCAAGAUUUCGACUUGCCUCCCUUCCACAGGACGCCCUCUACACCAGAAAUUGAUUGUUUAAUCAAGUCUAUUCCCACCAGCAAUGACGCGGAGUGUCUGAGGCAACUAAACGAUAUCUUCAGCAAUGUCCCCUCGCAUGACGCCAGAUGGGAAGCCACGGAUGAAGCUGGCAAUACUCUCCUUCAUCUUGUGCUAUGCUCCUUCAAGGCCCAGAGUGCCCAAUGGCUGAUGCAGAAGCAUUCAUGUCUACCCUCCAGGCGGAACGUCGACGGGCACACCCCGCUGGAGGUGCUGGAGGCGUCCAUGGAGCGGAGACGGUCAGUUAACGAGUAUGGUUGGGACAGAAGAGCUGAUAUAUCGGACCAGUUUACGGGAUUCGACAAUGCGACAAUCUCAUGCUUGGUCCUGCUGAGAGGCCUGGCACCGGAGCAGCUGUCAGAAGACACUCUCUUACAACUUAGGCAUGGAUGCACCUGCGGCAGGUGUAUUGGCGGUUUCCUCAGUCCGCGGAUGCGUGAUAUUUUGCAGUAUACCGCUGAGACAACGUUUGACUUUAUCUACACAGAUGGUGACGAUGAGGAUGGAGAGGCUUGGUGUGAGGAAAAUGAAGAUACGUUUGAAUACCUACCGGAGCAUAUUAAGCGACGAUUCGCAACAAAUAAAUCCGUGAGGAUCGGGUUCUGCAUGCUAUGGAAGCAUUUUGCUUCCUGCUUAGAGAGCAAUUUGGCUCCAACGGGAGAUAACGUCCUUCACAUGGUUCGAAACGCGAGCGAAUGGCCCCCUCAUUGUCGCAAUUUCAUCCAAGCAGGGGGAACCAUCUCAUCGGUAGGAGCUAUGUUAUUCAAGAAGGCAAUGCAAUCCGAACAAAUUUGGAGAAUAUAUAAAGCAAAUGCCACGACCCAACUGCCGAGAUGCAGAAACGACCGAGAGUUUGGCUUUGCCAGCGGUAUUUGUGGGUAUGAGCGAGCUACUCGAGUCCAGCUCAUGAUGUUCGGAAAACGAAUUCGUUUGUAG